AUGUAUUAUAUUAUUAUUUUAUUAGUAAUUUUAAUUACUAUAAUUUUUUAUUUUGGUAUGGGUUUAUUUGCUCCAACUAAAGAUAUUGAAUAUGAUAAAUAUGAUUUAAAAGGUAAAGUUGUAAUUAUUACAGGUUCAAAUGCAGGAUUAGGUAAAGAAAUUGCAAAAAAGAUUGGAAAAUUAGGAGCACAUAUUAUUUUUGCUUGUAGAAAUGAAUUGAAAGCAAAGGAAGCAAUUAAAGAAGUAUUUGAAUUUUCAAAUUGUGAAAAUGAUAAAUUAGAAUUUAUGAAAUUAGAUUUACUUUCACUUGGUAGUAUUAAAGAGUUUGUUAAUCAAUUUCAAAAUAUUAAAAAAUUAAAAUGUGAUAUACUCAUUAAUAAUGCAGGUAUUAUGUGGUUAUGGGAAGAUAAAAAAUGGAAUAAUCCAAUCACAAAAAAUGGUGGAAAUCAAUUCAAUACUCAAUUUUUGGCUAAUUAUUUAGGUCAUUUCUUAUUGACUCAAUUAUUAUUUAAAAAUUUAAUGGAAAAUCAAGCACGUAUCUUAAAUAUUUCAUCAUCAGUUCAUUCAUUGGGUGGAUUUUCAUUAGAAAAUUUAAUUAAUGAUACAUCAUAUACUUUUCAAACUUAUUGUCAAAGUAAAUUGGCUCAAAUUUAUUCAACCUAUUAUUUGGAUAGUUUAAUUAAUAGUGUUGAAAAUGAAAAUAUUACAAAUAAAGCAACAAUAAAUGCAAUUCAUCCAGGUAUUUUCGCAAGUGAAAUCGUUAAUUUACCUUUUCCAUUGGAUCGUUUAUAUCAUAAAAUUUUUAAAUCUGCUGAAUAUUGUGCAAGAGCAAUCGUUAAAUGUGCUAUAGAAAAUCAAUAUCAAUCAAUAUCUGGAAAAUACUUUGAUGAUACUAAAAUCAUAAAUUCAAGCUCACUUUCUUAUAAUAAAGAAAUUGGAAAACAACUUUAUCAACAAUCAAUGGAUUUAAUAAAGGAUUAUUUAAAUUAG